AUGGCAGAGCACACAGAGAGGAACCGUCAGUACUUUGACAAGCUGGCCAAGUCCUACACCAGCGACUUCAAAAGUAUCCUGGAAUCCAUUUGCAGACUGGUGGAUAGUCACCGUCCUUGGAUCAGUGAUGCAUGGAUCGAUACAGAGGCUGGAAAGGGGCAAGAGAUCAAGAUGUUAGAGUAUGCAUGUGGGACUGGGCCUGUUUCUUUGACAUUGGCACCUUAUGUCUCGAAGAUCGUUGGACUCGACGUUUCGGAUAAUAUGAUUAGCGAGUACAACAACAACGCCAAAGAAGCGGGCUAUGAAGACAAGAUGGUCGCACUCAAGGGUGACCUUCUGGCUGAGUCUGCUCCGGCAGAGCUCUCAGGGCCCGAGUACUUUGACUUUGAUCUCGUGGUUGUCAGCAUGGCCCUUCACCACUUCGAGAGACCAGAGUUAGCCAUGGCCCGCUUUGGAGAGCGUCUGAAGAAAGGUGGUGUGUGCGUAAUCGUCGACAUUGUGCCAGACGAUCACCACCAUGGCCAUUGUCACAAUGUUGAGCAUGGCUUUGGCGAUGCUGCGCAUACGGUCAAAAGCCAUGGCUUCACCAUGGAUCAAAUGAAGCAGCUGUACGAAGAAGCAGGACUUGGCACAGGUUUCAAAUAUAAUAUUUCGAAGGAGCAGGUUGUAUUCCGCAAGGAUGGAAAAGAGCAUUUGAAGACCAUAUUCAUUGCUCGGGGGCAGCGUGCGUGA